AUGGAUGAGACGCCCCGCUCCACCCGUUCCUGGACGUCGCGAACCUUGGGACCCAUGAAGCGAGGAUCCUUGAGGGGCUCUAUCUUUACGCUGAUGUCCGCAGCCAUAGGUUCGGGCGUUCUAUUGUUGCCCUAUGCAUUCAGUUUGGUGGGGGUGCCUGUGGGCAUUUUGACUUUGCUGUUUGGAACAUACUGCUUAGCCACAUCCUUGCGAUUGAUCAUCACCAUUUCGCACAUCACAGGCCGGGAUUCCUAUGCCAAGAGCGCGAUCGAAGUGCUGGGCCCUGUGGCAGGACGUGGCUUGGCUUGCCUCAUGGUGGGUGAGGCUCUGUGCGGGCAGGCCGCCUUCAUCAAGUUCUUGUCCGAUCUGUGGCCCCGCGUGCUCCCAAUGGCCUUUGGUCGCCUGUCGAAGACGCAGAUGGCCUUUGUGAUCAUCUUCGCCGCUUUUCCCGCAGCGGCCUCCAAGGACAUGUCCGUGCUCCGGCACGUUACAGUGCCACGGCCGUCACAUCGGUCAAAAACCAUCACAGCGGCCCUGACGCGCACGCCAGGGUGA